AUGGCGGAUGGAACAAGGAUGAAGACGAUGGAGGAACAGCUCCGCAGGCAAGAAAGCAAGAUUCACGGAAUUCUGGAAUCUUUGGCGGCAGACAAGCAAAGCAUGGAGGAGAGGUUGGAUGCAGUGAGUGCUGAGCUGGGUAAUAAGCUAGAUGCAUUCAUGUUAGCCAUCUCGCAGCAGCUCUCCAGCUUAAACCGUGGAAAUCAAGAGAAAGGCAUAUUAGGAUCUCCAGAAGGAAGUUACUCCAGAAGCUCCGACCUGGGGAGUAGAGAUCAAGGAGAAAGGAACACUAGGAGUGCCUUCUUCGCUAGUACGCCUAAAUUGGAAAUUCCAGCAUUUAGGGGAAACAAUCCUAGGGAAUGGAUCAGGAAACUGCAGAAAUAUUGCCAGCUUCUGCACAUUCCCAAGGAGCAAUGGAUGGAGUUGGCAGAGUUCCACUUGGAGGAGAAGGCGGCAGUGUGGUAUCAAGGAUUCAGAUCUACUAGGAGUAACAAGGUGGAAUGGAUGGAGUUUUCUGAAGAGCUGUGUAAGAGGUUUGGAACCUUAGGACAGAUGGAUCCAGUAGAGGAAUUCAACAAGUUGCAACUCUCUUCCACAGUACUAGCAUAUCAAGAAAAAUUUGAGGAGCUGUUAUCAGAGGUAAUGAUUCGAGCCCCACACCUUCCAGAAAACUACUACAUUUCCUGUUUUUUGAGUGGCUUGCCAGAUGAAUUGAGAUCAAUGGUGAAAGCUCACGACCCUAGGACACUGUCCAAAGCCUUUGAGUUGGCCAGACUACAGGAGAAUGUCUUUGAAGCCUACCACAGGAAGCACAAACCUCAUCAAAGGGCCAUGGGUUGGGGAAAUUCCACGCAGGCUGCUGCUCAGCAAACUAUGGCACCUACCAAACCUGUCAUUGCCAAUGCUGUCAAAAAAACACCCCAACACUUCAAGAAAAUCACACCAGAAGAGCUGCAGUACCGAAGGGAACAUCACCUUUGCUACAAGUGUGGAGAAAAGUUUGGUCCAGGUCACCAGUGCAAGCAGAAGGAGAUUCAUUUGAUGGUCGCAGUAGAAGAUAGGCCUGAGGAUCUGGAGGAAGGGGAGGUAAUUGAGUACCAAGGGGCUCAGUCGGCCAGAGGAGUGGAAAUGGCAAUACAUGCACUGACAGGAAAAAUGACUUACAAUACCAUCAAAUUGCAGGGGCUGUUCAAAGGAACCCCCCUGUCAAUCUUGGUGGAUGGGGGAAGUACUCACAGCUUUGUCAAAAAUACUGUGGCUCAACUCUUUCCAGAGAUGGUCCAGACAAUCAAGCCCUUCAAGGUCAAGGUGGCUAAUGGAGAGUAUUUGACCUGUAGUAGGAUGAUUCCAAACAUGAACUGGGAAAUGCAAGGUAAACCAUUCACUCAUGACAUGUUUAUCAUUAACAUAGAACCGUAUGAUAUGAUCAUAGGAGUGGAUUGGAUGGCUGCACACAACCCCAUCACCUUUGACUUCAAGCAGUUGAACAUGACAUUUGAUAAGGAAGGGGAGAGGAUCUGGCUACAAGGAGAGUCGAAGGAGGCGGUACUUAAGCUUCCUAAAGAUAAUGCUGAGAAGGAAGGACUAAGCACCAAAAUCUGGAAGCAUGCCUGCGGGCUGAAGAUGAGUGGAACUCAGGUACACUCUGUAACUCAGUUGGAUAUUGCUUUUCAACAGCCCCUAGAUGCUCUAAUUGCGGACUACAAAGAUGUAUUUGGGGAGCCAAAAUCCCUCCCUCCUUCCAGAGAUUGUGACCACCAAAUUCCUUUAAUACCCAAUGCCAAACCAUUCAAAUUAGCACCUUAUAGGUAUCCUCACAACCAGAAAAAUGAAAUAGAGAAACAGGUAAAAGACAUGCUUAGUAGUGGCAUUAUUCAGCUCAGCCAUAGUCCAUUUGCAUCUCCAGUUCUGUUAGUUAAGAAAAAAGAUGGAACUUGGCAAUUCUGA